AUGAGGUUUCGAUUCAAACAGCCAUUGCCACUGUCUUCGCUCCGACCACCUCAAUCUUCUUUAUCGCUCAACUCAGUCCCAAUACAGUCAUCAUUUGGGAUAGCAUUUGAUAUAGAUGGGGUCAUAUUACGAGGCCAAAGACCAAUUGGAAAUUCCCCCAAAGCACUCAAGAGACUGUAUGAUGAUUCCGGUAUUUUGAAGUUCCCUUUUCUGUUUUUGACAAAUGGUGGAGGUUUCCCAGAGUCUAAAAGAGCCUCUGAGUUGAGCAACCUUCUAGGUGUGAAGAUUUCGCCUUCUCAGGUAGUGCAGGGCCACUCACCUUUUAGAACUUUUCUGAACAGAUUUGAGAAUGAACUCAUCAUUGCUACUGGAAAAGGUGACCCUGCCGAAGUGAUGUUGGAGUAUGGUUUCAAAAGAGUUCUCUCAAUAGAUGAGUAUGCAUCAUACUUUGAUCACAUUGAUCCUGUAGCUCAUUACAAAGGGUGGACCAGCAAGAAGGCUUCCAAUUGGCCAAAAAAUUCCCCAAAGUCGGUCUCAAGCCGUAAUGUUAUCGCUGACAAAGUUAAAGCGGCAUUUGUUGUUAGUGAUCCUGUUGACUGGGGGAGGGAUAUUCAGGUGCUUUGUGAUAUUUUAACAUCUGGAGGUCUUCCUGGAGAGAAGUAUGGGAAUCAGCCACCUUUAUAUUUUGCUGCUGAUGAUCUAGAAUAUCAGGCUGCAUUUCCUUCAGAACGUCUUGGUAUGGGUGCAUUUAGAAUAGCCCUUGAAAGUAUCUUCAACAGAAUUCACAAUAAACCUUUGCAGUAUACGUGUUUUGGGAAGCCAAAUCCAUUUGUUUACAAAAAUGCUGAAACGAUAUUAAGAGAAAUCCAGAAAUCUUGUCAUUGCGAUGCCAUUGCGAAAAAUGCAGAACAAGGGUCACUUUCUUUCAAGACCCUAUAUAUGAUAGGUGAUAAUCCUUUAGUUGAUGUUAAAGGAGCGCAUCAGGCAGGGAGCCCUUGGUUUUCUGUUUUGACCAGGACAGGCGUUUUUAGGCAAAAAGAGAACCAUGCAGAAUUUCCAGCUCAUCUGGUUGUUGAUACUGUAGAAGAGGCUGUGGAAUUUAUACUGAAAAGGGAAGUUGCUUCUUAG